GGCCACAGAGUCGACUAGCGCGUGGAUCUCCCCCGGAUCGGCAUUGAUAGCUGCCAAGAGAAAUAACUGGAUGCUCGAAAAAAGAGUAACAAGGGCAAAUGCCGCGAUCGCAAUCUUCCACGAGAAAGAACCUCGAUCUUUCAUCUUCUGGAAGAUUUCCAGCGCCCGCACUUUCCAUACCUUUCUAUGACCAGAUUAGCAAGGAACCUCGAGGCCGCUGGAGACGAUUUUCCUCGUGGAUGCGCCUUCCCCCUCCCAGAUCUGUGCUCACCGCAUUCUCGCCCAGGCGCCCACCGCUGGAGAUCGCUCCUCCUUCCUGCAAAUCUUCGCUGGAUGGCACCUCCUCGUCAAGGCUCAAGAACGAUGCCAUGGAAAACCACCGCCAUUGCCAUUAUACGCUACUGCUGCACAUUUUCGAUCCAGGGGGCUCUUUACCCGGGCGGUCUGCUGCUGCCGGGCGUGCUCUAUGAGUCGAGCAGCAUGGUCUUUCUUCUCAGUCUCAGACAUCUUCAAACUAGGCUCACAAGCACAAGCACUGCUUUUCCGCGUCCAGAUCGCUUCAUUCCUCGUCUUCGCCACCCUUUGGCCUCGAGCAUUUUCCAAGAUAAAAUGGAGGCCUGUAGUUCAUCAACAUCCAAGGCGUGGAGUGACCACAACGCAACUUGUGAUGAGAUGAGUUGCCAGAGACCCAAUCAAAUUUUUUUGUAUGAACGAGGGAUUUCUCUUCUCCGCAAAGUCGCUCUCGGCAGCGUUGCUGGAGCUAAAUCUUCUCUCGUGCCGAUCCCCCCGAAUGAUCCACGCCGCAGCGCCGGGUUCAGGCUCUUGGUUCGCGCGAUAUUCCCUUUCGCUGGCAAAUGCGAGCAGCAAGAACAGGGCAUUCGAUCGAUGCGGCGUCAAUCUUGUUCGAUUAGGAGUUCCGUGAUCGUCUCCUGGAACGCGAUGGUCACCGCGUAUGUGGCGGCAUCCCGCAUCCGAGAGUGGGCAAAUUGUGGCAGCGAAAUCGAGCUUGGGCAAAAACGCCGGCCAAGGAUCUGGUGUCCUGGACGAAUCUACUGCCCAGAAUGACAGGACGUUCCAUGGGUUCCCCUUCCAGCAGUGAAUAGCAGACCACCUCCAAAGAAAUCUUUGAUUUCAUGCCGGAUGAAGACGGUAUUGAUUCGGCCAGUAGCUGCUCUCCAGGAUCCGCGCGUGGAUCCUCUGGCCUCGCAGACCCUGGAUGUCGUCCACGUGGACAAUCAGAUGGAUUCCAAAUCUUGUUUUUCAAAUAAGAGGUGCUGAAAUAAUAUUUUGUUAUC